AUGGCUGCUGGUUUCCGCAAGGACCGGAGGAAGUGGAAAAGAACUAGAGUCCUUUGCGUCGCGCGCAUUCAUUACCGUGACAAUGGCUUCUGCUCCCCUGGCUUUGGUCCAGAUUACCGAAAGGGUCUCCCCGGGGAGAGCACAGUCUUCCGUCUCAUCAAGAUUGCGGGUGAGCUUGUUCUGCAUGGCUCCUUUGCUGGUCCUCCCACUCGUCUAUUCAUGAUUAGUGGUUUUACUGCUGGUCAAUUUGCCAUCUACGGUGGCAUAAAGGCACCUCUAGCCACCCCGCUGUGGUGGGCUACGCGAAACGACCACGACGAUGUGGCCGCACGGCUGCUAGCCAAACCGAAUAUUGAUGUCAACGCCGUUGGCCAGUUCGAGGCACCUGAGCCGGAUCGACCAACAUCCCUCCAUGAUGUGACUGUCAAGCACAUGGGGGGACUUUUGCCCUGCCGUCGAAGGCUCUGUGGUGUUGAUCACAUCGAAUUUGCUGCACCGUGGCUAUAUCGCUACUUUUUCAGUCGGGAAGAUGAAUAA